AUGGCGAUAACCGUAUACGACGCUUGCACGGAGAGGACAAAAACCCCCAAAUUCCUCUUUAUUAACGAUCAUGCCACCACCACCACCACCUCCUCCUCUUCUUCUUCCCCAUUCCUCAACCUCGCCGCCACUUUCCGCGACAACAUCAGAUCUUUCCUCCGUGAAUACGCCGAGAUUGAAGAUUACACCAUCGAUGGCAACACCGUCUCUUGUAUCUUCCUUGCCAGCCAAGCAACCGGCGUCGUCUUCCCUCUUUACAUCGUCGAUGAACAAAUCUCUGAUUCCUCUCCAAACCCUCUUUGCGAUUUCUGUAGAUGCGUUGGUUGGGGUCAUCACUAUGUAUCGAAGAGGAGAUAUCAUAUGAUAAUCCCAAAGAGUGAUGAAUGGAACAAUCCAUUGACUACACAAAGCUUGAAGCUUUCUUCACAUCUGAUGCAUGGUUUGAUCCAUUGCAAUGGGUUUGGUCAUUUGCUCUGUAUCAACGCUGAUGAUGAUCUCUCUGGUGAUCAAGUCAUGGACUUUUGGGAUCGUCUUUGCACUACUCUUCGUACUAGGAAGAUCUCUUUGGAUGAUACAUCCAAGAAGGGAUCUAUUGAUCUGAGGCUGCUCCAUGGUGUUGCAUAUGGUCGACCAUGGUUUGGGAAAUGGGAUUAUAUGUUGUCUCAUGGAAGCUUUGGGGUAAGAAAAGAUCAGUAUUGGCGAGCUAUUCUCACUCUUAGCUCUAUAGAAGUUGACAAGAUUAUAGAAGACUUUUCGGGAACAAGUAAAGGGAGAGUGAUGAAGAUGAUCAUCGAUUUCUACAGAGGAUCUACUCAAACCCCAUUGGCCACUCUCUCUGAUUUGCUUCAGUUCAUGCUUGCUUUCAUAUUAAAAGCUCCCAUUCAUAGAAAGACUGCAAUGACACUAGUUGCAAUGUCUUUAGAUCCUGUUUCACAUCCUAUUCUUGGAGCUGAUGAGAACACUGAGGUUUGCACAUGCCCUGAUCAGGAAUCAUCAGACGAUAGCGGAUAUGAAUCUGGCAGAGACACUGUUCUUGAUGAUCAUGAAAUAACAAUGGCGGAAAUAAAAACCCCUACAUAUUACUCAUUUGAUGAUUUGGGCAGGGGAGAAAAUUCUAGAUGGCAUGCAAGGAGGUUAAAAGAUGCAGCCAAAGCGGUUCUCAAAGUGUUUAAAGAGCGAAACAGCACUAUACCUCGCCAAGAGCUUCGGGAAGCUGUUAGAAAUAGCAUUGGUGAUACAGGAUUGAUUGAUUUCUUGCUUAAACACAUUGACAAAAUUCUAAUAGGUGACCAGAUAGUGCAGAGGUUCACAAACUCGAAAACCCGAAUGUUACAGUUUGCUCUCCGGACAAUCAAUUCCCGUGUUGCUGAGCAAGAACGGAAAAAGAAAAGGAAACUGAAACCGCAGAAAAUCAGGAAAUGGACAUCCACUACUCCUGGACUGAGUCCGUACGAUGACAUUCUCUAUCUCUAUCAGAAUCUUUUGUUAACUUAUCUACAUCCAGAUAUAUACAGUGAAGCGUCUCAGGUUAUCUUGAACUGCAAGAGCUUUGUAAAAGAAUGGUCUUACAAGGAACAAAAUCCUUUAACAGUUAGCUGCCAAGUUCUGCCUAAUCAUGAAGAAAUACUCAGAGACUUCACCCGGUUAUUACCCCCUGGUGAACUCGUGGUUGUUCCUGGAAACGCAACCAUCAGAGAACUGAAAUCUGCAGCAGAGAAAGCUCUGAGGGAUACUUACUGCAUAAUGGAGACAUUUGAAGUGUUGGAGAUAAGAAACAGGUAUCUUGAGAAGCUAGAGGACGACUUGCGUCUAGAAUCACUUGGUAAGACAGAGUUUCUGGUGAAAGGGUUUGGUCUGGACAUAUGCACUGAGUUAAGGUAUGAAGGUGGUUUUGAUGACUGGACCGUUGACUGCAAAUGCGGAGCUAUGGAUGAUGAUGGUGAGAGAAUGGUGGCUUGUGAUGUUUGCAAGGUUUGGCACCACACACUCUGCUAUUCCAUUGAAGACGACGAAGCUGUUCCCUCAGUGUUUCUCUGUUACAGGUGUAGUGGGGUUUCGAGAUCCAAAAAACGCAACUUCAGCAUCCGCUAGCCCUAGCUUGCGCAAAAAGUUAGCUUGUGUUUGGAGAAUCCAUUGUGUAUGUAUAUCG